ACCAUCCCGAACAUUUGUGCUUUUAGAAGGCCUUUCAUCUCCGCUGAUCAUGCAGCUGGCUUUCUUCUUAGUCAUCCUGAUUACUGUACAUGUGUUUGUACCAGUGGACUGUAGGCCAAGGCUCCAGGAUUCUGCGCAACUAGCUCAACACCAGCAGGGUCAAUUGAACAUAGGAACAAAUGCAGAUAAAUCUGCUGGUACAGGACACUUCUACUCUGUGCUGAAUGGAUCAGGGAGACUAAACAUUUACAGGGGCUUUCUGGUUAUUUUACCUAUAAGAAGUAACUUUGUGUCAAUAUUUGAUUUGCGAAGAAAGCAAUUCCUCUGUAUGGACUUUAAGGGAGAGCUCUACAUAUCCAGGCAAAGGGACACAGAAGACUGUCGCUUCCAGCACAUUUGGUUAGAUUUUGUGAACCACCAUAAAAUGUUUUACUCUACACACGGGAGCAGGCUGCUCAAACUACGAGGAGGUCAUCUGCUAGUGGCACACGGCAAGCCACCUGAACCCUCCUCAGCCCUGCUGGAGAGGGUCCUGAAUCCCUUGGUUAAAAGACAAAGAAGGAGCGAAGAGGUGAACCCCUCUGAUCCUUUAAGAACAGAAGCAAACCCCUCACAUUCUGGGAAGGAUCUCAGAGACGAACAGGACCAAAUGGGUGCUGUGUCCAAAGAGACCAUCACCUCCUGUGACGACCCCCUGUCGGUGUUACAGCCCAAUGUGCUUGGAAGUCCUGUGAAAACUAAUAUCGCUGACAGGGCAGAGCAAGACUAAAUCACCCAGCAUCACUCAUCCAUAGACACUGUUUUCUGGGAUGAAUUUUGGCUGAGCAUUCAUAGCCAUUAAAAAGUAGCUCUUGAUUUCUAAACCUGGUAGAAAAUUAAAAGCUGAAAAUUCAUCUUUUCAGGCUAUCACAAAGUGAGAGUUUAAUAAACACAAAGUGUCUGUUUUUGUUUUAUGCAAAAUUUGACUGACACUUUAUUUGGCUGUGAGAUGGUCAGGAUCUGACAGUCACACAAUGUCUCCUCCAGGUACACAAACUAGAAUGACCAAAUAGCAUGUAUAUGCUAUUUACAUGUAUCUACAUCUAAGUGGGUUCUGUCUCAGUGUCUGAUGCAUGGUGUGUGAUUAUUCUCACAUGCUAGGGCAACACGGCGGUGCAGUGAUAAGUACUGCUGCCUCACAAGGAGACAAGUCUGGAUUUGAAUCUGCUGGGACUGAGGAGGAAGAGAUGUCCUCUCUCUUUGUAACAAAAGUUAUACAGAAAAGGAACGUCAUCUUUUUAAUGACCUAAAAAAGAUGGCUUUUGACUCGUAAAGCUAUCUCUCUUCAAUGUGUUUUUGCUGGGCAGGGUGAUACUGACCCUUUUAUAUGUACUCAUAAACCUAGUUACAUCACAGGGGCUUGCACAGGUCUUUUGUUUGAAUAGAAGUUAAUGGAUAAGUCUGGGAAGAGGCGGCAUAAGUUUGCUCCAGUGUCCUGCUGUCCUUUAGCCUCUUUUGUGAGCAAAACUUUAACCCUUUUGCCAGAUAUGGCAAUACAUGUAGAAUAUGUAAUCUGCCAAUUCGUGAUAUUAAUAUGCUGAAAAACAACAACAAGAACAAAAAAGGCGAAUUACAGCGUUGUGACUUGGUAAAAAAUAUCAGCUUUUUGCAACUUCCAUAAACAUGUUAAAAAUAUGCCAGGUGCUGGACACCAACAGUCACAGGAAUAAAAUGUAUUUAUUUAUUGAAAUGUCUUAAUGACUUGAUUACUUGCCUGCUGUUUUAUUAUUUAUAUAUUGGUUGUUGUGUCAUUUGUGAUGUUAAAAUAAAUUGCA